AUGGCAGAACCCGGCGAAGGUGGCGGCAAUGGUGGUGUUGGUGGAGAGGAAAACCGACCAAGGGGUGAAAUCGAGGCCCCGAGGCCACAAAUCGACGAUCAAACGACAGUGAGGGUGUCGCCGAGCGCCGGCGCUGGCAGUACAGGCGGCGGCGGCGGCAGCGGUGGCCAUGCAGUGGAGGCUGGCAGUGGCGAAGGGCGGCGUGCGCCAGGAUCAGAGGGGCGUACGCCAAGUGCUACAGGGUCAGUGGGCCCACGAGUUCGUCGUUUGGACGCCAGGGGUGGUGUAGAAGGGGUGGUGAUCACGGGCCUUGGCUCGGCGGGGGCCGGCAGUGCCGGUGGCGGCGGCAGUGGUGAUGUUGGUGAUGAUGGUGGAGAUGGUGGUCGACCGGGGACUCCAACGAGGGAUCCGGCAAGGGGCAAGGCUCCUGUGGUUGAGGAGGGUGCACCCGGAGAGGUACCCGUAGAGGAGGUGGCGUUCCGGCCUGCGGUGGGCUCCUCGGUUCACGUCCCCAUCACUCGGGGGGACUUUGCAGAGUUCGUGUCCGAGGAGGAACUCGGCUGGCUGCUCCGGGAGAACCCGGGGGUGGUGGCCACUGUGUUGGCUGCGCGGGAGGACCGGGCCCGGCAGGUUGAGCGGGCGCAGGAGGAGGAGCGCCUGAGAGAGGAGGCUGAGAGGGCCAGGGCCCAGGAGGAGGCCUUUGAGAGCGAGGCUGGGGCAGCAGAGGAGGCUCAGGGGGAGGUGUGGUCCUUCGAGCGAGCGGUGACGCUUGCAGAGUCCGCCCGGCUGGCGCCCCGCCGUCAGUUUGACGCGGCUACAUAUGCUCCGCCCGAGCCACACCUGUUUAUACCGUCCGGGGUCGAGAGCCUCGCGCCUUUGAGGGAGAGUUACGACGCCGAGCUGAUACUGAGGGACCCCCAGAGGCACUUGUCAGUGGACUGGGCGCAGUAUGCCUCGACUUUGAAACUUGACUUGAAUGAUAGAACACUUGAAAUAAUUGAAUCGACUGGUAGGAUGCUCGUGACUUCGACAAAAAUGGUUAGUGCCAGACUUGAAUCGACAUUAAGUGGCUUUGAUUUGAUAGGGCUGUCCUUUGAACUCGACUAG